GGGUGAAAGGCGCUUGCGCACGUGGACAGGAGAGACGGUAAACAACAGUGAGGAGGCACGGCACGCGACUGGGUGUGGGGCUCCACUUAGUUCAGUGUGUGUUGGAGGAAGAAGCCAGAAGUGAGCUAACCAAAAGACACACCUCUAGACAUUUGGGUUGUUUUUUUUUUCUCUCUCUCUCGCUCGCUCUCUCCCUCACACACACGUCACCAGCAGCAGCGAUUCGAGCAACAGCAGACGCGACAGGCGGUUCGAAGACAGCUGUUUGCCCUCGUGAGGUCCUUUCGGUCUCGGCCGUAGAUGAUAAAGCGGAUGCCCGGAAGACGGAUGUGCAGUCAGUGUGUGGCGCCAGAAUGAGGAGCCCGAGGGUCCGUUACCUCCUCCUCUUUCAGUACUUGGGCACCAACUAUUGUGGGGUGAUGAAGAGUCCAGCGCAGCAGCCUGGGACUGGGGUUCAGAAUCACCUGGAGAACGCUGUAAGGAAACUGAGGCCCGUUAAUGAGGUGUCCUUAUCCAUCUCCAGUCGCACCGACACUGGUGUUCAUGCUCUCUGUAACUCGGCACACGUGGACAUCGAGCGCAAGGCCGACAAACCCCCGUUCUCAGAGCAGAUCCUGACGAAAGCACUUAAUUUUCAUCUCCAGACAGAAUCUAUACGUGUUAUCAGGGCACUACGUGUGCCAGAUACAUUCCACGCACGGUUCCAUGCCAUAUCGAGGACUUACGUGUAUCGCCUGGCUACGGGAGUUGGCCAUCAUAGCGAGCUUCCCCUGCCUGAGAAGAAUUUCUGCUGGCCUUUGCAAGAAACUGGUCUUGACGUAAGGGCCAUGGAGGAGGCCAGCACUCUGCUGCUUGGCACGCAUGACUUCAGCUCCUUCCGUGCGCUCAACUCCGAGACGCCCUUCAAAAACCCAGUAAAGACGCUGUUGUGUGCACACGUUGGGCUGAGGCAAGGUUCCUUCUCCCAGGAGCACUUCCACAGAGAUCUGCAGUACUGGGAAUUCACUUUCAAAAGUAGGUCAUUCUUGUACAAGCAGGUGCGGAGGAUGACCGGGGCUCUGGUGGCUGUGGGCCGAAGGAAACUGUCCGUCUCGCAGCUGCGUGAGAUAUUAGAAGCCAGGGACUCGCUUGCCUACCCUCACAACAUGACUGCACCACCAGAUGGGCUUUUCCUCACCAAUGUGGAGUACACGGAAUCAGAUUUGUUGCCACUGGUACAGGAAUGGGACAUGAAGAGCUGACAUGAAUGUAAGAGAUUAAAAAAAAAAAGGGUAUUUGAAAAUUAACAGGAACCCAAAAUCACCAAAGUCCCCAGUCACAUCCAAGCAAAACCUAAUUUCCAUGUAUUUUCA